AUGGAACUGCCGACCGUCCAAGUCUGGCGAAAGGCCGCCGCCUACUGGGGCGACUGGGACAACCAGAUUUGUCUGUACCUCGGGCUGCCCCUUGGGGUGACGAAUGAUGAAUUGGGGCAUGGCGCGGUAUACCGCUACAAUCCCCAGGCUCUCCGCCUAGAGCCGACCCCCUUCCUCGAGAUAAGGCUUCGAUUCCCGGCCAGGAAGUUUACGGGUCAUGUGAUGCCCGUUCCAGAGAGUCUCGGGGACCGAUUUUCAUUAGCAGAGUUCUCUGCUGUUGAGAUCUCGGUCGGAGAGGAUGCCGUCGUGGCUGUGGAUGGCUUCGGCCUCCCUUUCAAUAACCCUGGGCAUGAGACUCAUGAUUGGGUCAACAAUGGCUCGACCGUCGCCGGCUCUAUGACGUUUGUCAACAUUCUUCAGCAGAGGAAGUGGCGUAUCAUCGUCGAAGAGAAGUUUGCGAAGAUGAAGAGGUUGUGGGAACGGUCCAUUCAGCAGUGCAGAGACCUGAGGCAAAGGGACCGGGAAGACUGGACGGUGCCAGCCAGUCACGACGUUCCAAGCAAUUUCCCGCCUACUCGACGGCAUCUUAUUUCGGGACAAAAUCGCGCCACCAUGCAUGCCGUCCUGCGAAAGGGACGGGGAUUCUUCGACCUGUGGGAGACUCAUCAGAACCCUGAAUUUCAUGGAAUGGAUGGCUCAUCGGAGAUGAAAUGGACGCUGCCGGCAGCAAAUAUCCUCCACUCCGAUGAGAUUAUGCUCAAGUGCCUGAUGAUGGAGAUCCCAGCACCAGACAGAGGCCGCUUCGUUCAGUACAUGAGCAACUUGCCUCUGGGCUUUGGUAUCAUAAGCGCUGGCCCUCGUUUCGGAAAGACUGCUGCCAUAUGCGUCGCGACCUUGUGCCUGGCUGACCGGGUCAACAGCAUCUGUGCCACAGCUCCUACCGCCGCCGCCGUCGACCAGCUCGCGAUCAAGCUGAAUGACUUUGACAUGAGCUCUGGAACUCGCCAGCUACACUUCCCGAGACCUAGAGGCCAGGACUUUGUCAAUCCAAAGAUGAUAGUCAGAGGCCAUUCAUUCACAGACGAGAUUGAAGCUUUUCUAGAACUCCUUGAGCGUCCCAAUGGCGGCGACAGAAUAGUGCUCUUCGAUUCCAUUGGCAGACCGAGGUGGAAACUGUAUCUUUCCGCAACGUACUGGUUGCUCAUUGUACUUGGAUCACCGGCCGUGCCAGCUAUUCCCCUCACUUGCUUCCCACGACUCCAGUCAUUCCGUCAGCAGCUGAUGAGCCAUCCUGACUCUGCGGUAUUGGUUGAUGUGGCGACGGGCCGGCUGUCCUGGGCCGAGUAUGCCAAUAUGGGACAUAUCUCCAGAACCAUCGACUUUCUCGCCCUCAAGCUCCUCAACCUCAUCAUCCUCGCUGAUGUCGUCUGCAUCACGCCGAAUCUGUCCAGAGAGCGUGCUUACCACUGGUGGCUGAUCACAUGUGCCGGCGGGAUUGCUGUCGACGACGCACACAGCAUGACUCGUUCCGACCUCUACUUUAUGGGCAACAACAUGAUUCCCUGCUUGCUUGCCGGUGACGAAAGACAGUUCCUGCCGACUGGCACCCAUAACAAUCUCAUCAGCAACUCUCCGUUCGACAGGCAGCUCUCAGCACUCGCAUUCUACAAGGCCAACUCAUGGCCCGUCUACCGCCCUCGCGUCCCCCUCCGCACGGCCCGCGGCAUGUUCGACCUCUGCCGCGACAUUUUCUACGACGACGCUCCGGCCCUGAACUACUCAUCCCUCUGCGACCCCCUGGCUCACUUGCGCCUGAACGGCGUCAAGCUCGAGCGCUGGCUUCAGCAGUGGUACGGCUCAACCACCUCCCAUAGGCUCCCUCUCGCCCCCGCGGCUGGUGGUUACCUUCGGCCUGUGUUUGUGAAUGUUCGCGCGAGCAAGACCUGGCGCAACUACGCGCCGCGUGCCGUCAUGAAUCCGAAGCAGUGCGUGCUUGCGCUGCACAUGCUUCGUAGGCCUGUCAUGUUUGCCAGGGUCGAUCCGUGUCAGAUACGCAUUGUCACGGCCGACGCUGGCAAUGUUCACUUCUUGAGGCGACUGAUGCUGAGUGUGCCGUGUUAUUCUAUGCUUCAGGGGAUGCCGCCGCCUGCUACUGUUGAGGAGUCUCUGGCUUGUGAAGAGGAGAUUGUUUGUGCUAUUUUGGGGAGAUCGAGGAAUUAUGGUCCUGGGGCUAUGCUUGAUGCGAACCGGCUGAAUGUGAUGCUGUCGCGGCACCAAUCGGGCCUCAUUAUUGUGGGUGACUUUGCAGCUAUCAAGUCGGAACGAGUUCAAGAAAAUGGUGAAAGAAAGAGAAGGCGAGAGGAAGAAGAUGAGCCCGGUUUUGGACGUGAGCUGAUUAUAGUCAAGGACCGGAAGAUUGACCACGAGGAGGCUCUGAAGAAAGUCUACCAGUGGGUGAAGACAAGGGGGCGGUUCAUUGACGGGACUUUGCCGCGAUCGGGGAUGGAGCGCGAAGAGGACGUGUUUUCUGCUUUCACGGGUCCGGGUAGUCAUUGGGUUGAAGUGUAUUGGUGA